AUGACUGUGGAAACUUCCUGUGAUUCUUUGCGCUCCUGGUCACCCGAAACCCCUUCAGAGGUCCCCACCGCAAAGCCGCAGUCUCCGAGAGAUUUGCAUGGCGUUAAUUGGGCGCUGGUGGUUGUUGCGCUGCUCCUGUCCCUUUCCCUGUACGCACUCGACAACACCGUGACCAAUGUUCAACCCAAGGUGGUCGAAACUUUUGUCCAUUUUAGUCCUAUUCCAUGA